GGCUGUUGGCCAUUGGUGAUAGCGGGCCCGGGGCGAAGGGAGGAGGGUUUAAAGGCGUAGGAUUCCCUUCUCGGCCCGAGCCGUCACCUGAGGGAAGAUGGCUUCGAAUCGGGUGGCGGGAGACAGCGAGAACCUAAAGACGGUGUCUGGCGCCGAGGUCAUUGCCCAGGCGCUGAAAAAACAGAACGUGGAGUACAUGUUUGGCGUCGUGGGCAUCCCCGUGACCGAGAUCGCCGUGGCUGCCCAGGCGGUGGGCAUCAAGUACGUCGGCAUGAGGAACGAGCAGGCGGCUUCUUAUGCUGCCUCAGCCGUGGGAUACCUAACAGGCAGGCCAGGAGUUUGCCUUGUGGUUUCUGGUCCAGGUCUUAUCCAUGCACUCGGUGGAAUGGCAAAUGCAAACAUGAACUGUUGGCCUCUGAUUGUUGUUGGUGGAUCUUCUGACUGUAAUCAAGAAAUGAUGGGAGCCUUCCAGGAGUUCCCCCAGGUUGAAGCUUGUAGAUUAUACUGCAAGCUGUCUGUCAGACCAAGCAGUGUAGAAGCUAUUCCCUUUGUUAUUGAAAAGGCUGUGAGAACCAGUAUUUAUGGUCGACCAGGUGCCUGCUAUGUUGACAUACCUGGAGACUUUGUGAACUUACAAGUGAAUGCAAGCUCUAUAAAAUAUGUGGGAUGCUGCCUGCCCCCUCCAGUUAACAUGGCAGAUACUUCUGCCGUAUCUGCAGCAGCAUCCAUCAUCCGGAACGCAAAGCAGCCCCUCCUUAUCAUCGGAAAAGGUGCUGCUUAUGCACAUGCUGAAGAGAACAUCAGAAAACUGGUCGAGCAGUGUGGCUUGCCAUUUUUGCCCACACCCAUGGGUAAAGGUGUUGUUCCCGACAACCAUCCCAACUGUGUGGCUGCAGCCAGAUCCAGGGCAUUGCAACAUGCUGAUGUAAUCAUAUUACUUGGUGCCAGAUUAAAUUGGAUUUUGCAUUUUGGACUCCCACCAAGAUAUCAAGCUGAUGUGCAGAUUAUCCAGGUUGAUAUCUGUGCAGAAGAGCUGGGGAAUAAUGUUAAACCUGCUGCAGCUCUAUUAGGUGAUAUAAAUGCUGUCACUGCACAGCUUUUAGAACAAUACAACAAAAGGCCAUGGCAAUAUCCUUCUAAUGCUGGAUGGUGGAAGGUAUUAAGAGAAAAAAUGAAGAGCAAUGAAGAAGCAUCCAAGGAGUUAGCAUCGCAAAAAUCCUUGCCUAUGAAUUAUUACACAGUAUUCUACCAUGUACAAGAACAAUUACCAAGAGACUGUAUUAUAGUAAGUGAAGGAGCAAAUACUAUGGACAUUGGACGGACUGUGCUUCAAAACUACCUUCCUCGACAUAGAUUGGAUGCUGGUACUUUUGGAACAAUGGGAGUUGGUUUGGGCUUCGCUAUUGCUGCUGCAUUGGUGACUAAAGACAGAAAUCCAGAAAAACGUGUGGUCUGUGUGGAAGGAGACAGUGCAUUUGGAUUCUCUGGCAUGGAAGUGGAAACUAUCUGCAGGCAUAAUUUGCCAAUUCUUCUCAUUGUGGUGAACAAUAAUGGAAUUUAUCAAGGCUUUGAUGCAGAUACCUGGAACGAGAUAACAAAACUUGGAGAAAUUUCCCAAGUGGCCCCUCCAGUUUCUCUCCUGCCAAAUUCCCGUUAUGAGCAGAUUAUGACUGCGUUUGGAGGCAAGGGAUAUUUUGUGCAAACUCCAGGAGAGCUGCAGAAUGCUCUAAGAACAAGCUUAGCUGAGAAAACAGUGCCAUCUCUUAUCAACGUUAUGAUUGAGCCUCAAGCCAGUCGGAAGAAACAGAUUUGUAUUUAGAUCCAUUUUGUCAGAGAUGUUUAACAGAGAUCUCUGCAAGUGACCUGAACUGGAGAAGCAAAUGCACUUGUAGCUGCUCUGAAGUCCCACUCCUUCUAGAAUUCCCAAGAGGAGAGAUCCCCAGAGGACCGUAUCCAAGGCCGUGCAUCACCAGGACGGAAUAACUUUUCCACAGACUCAGAUUUCCAGAACUCACGUAGGGCAGAAGACGAUGCUGUGCUUGACCAGAUGGCCUGGGGACCCUCAAUUUUCAUCUCUCGAAGGGCAUGCUUUAAUAGGAGGACCCUUAGCUAAUGGGAGAGUCACCUCAGAUAAUCAUUAUAUAUUUAUUAGGAGUUAAUGUCGAAUCAAAGGGAACAUAAACAUCAUGUCAUGACUUGUGCCCAUUUCCCCUCUUCACUAAUGUCUCCCUUGCGCCUCAGUAAGGGGACUGCCCCCUUCUGGUUUUGCGUCGCCCAUGGGGGACUGCCCUCCAUGCAUCCAGGUUGUAACGAUCCAGAGAAUCUGGGGAUUGAAGGGGUAUGUGAGAAAUAAUUCAUUUGGACCCCUCCUGUAUUCUAGUCAGUAUUAAUCAGUUUACUGGAAUCGUAUCAAAGUUCUGUAUCUAAGGUCCCAGAGCUGUGAGUGCAGAUUCUGAGUUCACUUGCUUAAUCAGAGGAAGUUAGCUGAAAUCCUUGCACCCUGCUUUUUCCUUGUCACGUGGCCAAGCCCAGAGAUGACAAUUACACGGAAAGUCCCCCCCAAACAUUCUUGUGCCUUUGGACCAGACUCUUGUCCAAUAGGAGCCGGUGACCAUGGUCAUUGAUUGUCUUAGCUUGUACCAUUUUCUCCUGUUUAAGGAGAAGCCUGUCCAUCUUGUGUGGAGAUAUUGCUCGCUUUACCCAAUUUGUGGCCCUGCUAACUAUUAUGUUGUUUAUUUUAGCUCAUGUGUCACAUGUCAGGAAUUAUUCUGUAUUUGGUAGAGCUGUUCUUGAAUAUCUGGACAUCUAGCCCUAUAAAAGAGGGUCCUGGAAGGAAGAAUCAUUUCAGAUCGUGAGGAAAACCUGAGGUCCACUUCAUUGGAGGGGACCAUGAGUCCUUUAAUAAAAUGCCAUUGGCUCAGA